AUGCCAAGAACAAACAAACGUAGGUCGGCUGACGACCCUGUCGAACAGCCGGUUACCCCAAAACGCCGCCGCCGCCGCAUUGUAUGGGACCACAGGCGCGACAAGUAUUUGCUUCUCGCGAUCUUCGCACACAUGAAGGUCAAAACUCCGAAUUUUCAAGAAAUUGCAGAUAUACUAGGAAACGAGACCUACUCUGCAGACACUUUGACACGGCGUUUUCGCGUUCUAAGACAAAUGGCAACGGAGGUCAUGGAAGACCGACACGACAAAGGCCUUGAAGUACUGGAAGAGGAAACCACCGAAAGAGACCGCGAUGUUAUCAUAGUGGACGAACCUGCUGUCCCUAAUCUUGCUCCACAACCCCCGAUAACCCCUUCGUCUAUACGAUCAGAACGUGCCGCCGCAGAGCCCACAUCUCCCAUCUCUGAAAACCCCAUCCCAUCGCAACGCCAAAGAAACGCCAAAGAAACGCCCAUUCCCGCGGCCCACAGGCUGAUCCCAAAAGUUCAAUGCCAUCAAAAAGAGACCAAUCGAAAUCUCGCCGUCAACAGGAGCCUCAUCGUCCUAGCGAAAACCGUGCCAAAGGCCGUGAGCCAGCUAUAUCUUCUCCCAACAGCGACAGACUAG